AUGGGUAAUCCCUAUGGGGCCCGUUUGAUGGGGACGCAAGAUAUUGCUGUUGAUCGAUGCCAGUGGCAUUNCCUGCUGUCGUUUCUAUUCAGAUUGUUUGAAUGUGUGUUUGGAGUCGUUUUCGAUGGCUGGACAAAGGGUAACAUUUUACGCAGAGAAAAUGUCGACUUUUACGCUGUGUUGGAAGUGGAGAAGGAGGCCACACCUGCUGAUAUCAAACGUGCCUAUCGGAGGGUAACCAAGUUCUCACAUAAACAGCUCGCCCUUCGGUUCCAUCCAGAUAAAAAUCCCGACGACCCGAAUGCCAGCGAGAAAGUAAGACGAUUCUACUUUUUUCUUCCAUUAUGUCAGUUCAAAGAGAUCAACCGAGCCCACGCCGUUUUGAGUGAUCCAACGAAGCGUCGAAUCUACGAUCAGUAUGGUUCUUUCGGUAUUUAUCUUGCCGAACAAGUGGAUGAGGAUACGAUGCGAGCCUACUUUGCCCUUCAAAAUCCAUGUCUGAAGUGCUGCCUGGGUACCCUGUUCAUCCUCUCUUGUUGUUGCUGCUGUUUGUGCUGCUGUUGUUGCUGUAACUUUUGCUGUGGACAUUGUCGACCCGCCCACGAGCAGGAUGACUUUCGCGACAUACUAGAAGAGGAGGCGGCGAGGAACGCUUCCAACUCACCACAAGAACUAAAUGAACAAUCUCCGGUCACCGAUCAACCGGGAUCCUUCCCAGCUACCCCAGUUGGCUUCAAUGCAGCAUCCACGUUGGUUAAUGACGUCCAAAAGGAUUAGCUCAACAUUCCUUCAUCCACCCACCCACCUUCCAGGGGCUUUCUACAAUAGGCCUGUAUGCAAUCACUCCUCUCUUCUCUUGGACCAGUCUCUGAAGCAUAUUCACAGUGGUUCAUACGGAAUGCCUUUUUAUUGCACGGAACAGCAAUCCUCAAACUGGAGCUCUUCUAGCUGUGAACUCCUGACUCAUUUUACUGCCCUACUUAUGACGUACUGUUUUUUUCUCUCUUCUGAUUGUGGUUUAUCCAACGACUCCUAUCGGCCUGGACUUUCUGGCUCAUGUUUGCAAUCUUCCAUCCCGGUAUAAUUUGUUAGGAUCCUUCUCUUCCUCAGAUUUCCCAUAAUAGUAUCCACUGUGCAUCCACAUUCUACGCCCACCUGUCGUAACUGUUCGACCGAAAAAUGGACCCGAUAAUUCUGGGGCUUUUUGCGCCCUCAGUUGGAAGAAACUAGGGGGCCGAUCUCUUUUGGACAUCAUGGAAGAUGUUUCUGGCUUUCACUAUUUUCUACUCUGAGCGAAUCGUAUUUUCUCCCUCUACCACACAUUUGUUUGUUGCUGUGUUUACACAUGAUUCCUUCCCUUGAGUCACGUCUCGGCCCAGGUUGCUCCCUCUCAAUUGUGUACACAUGUGCACGCACGACCAUGCAUUACAUACAAGACGCGCUCGCAAAGUC